CUUUCAGAUUAUACGAGUCGAGCGCUUCAACUGAUCCCAUCAACCACAACAACAACUUGGCUUUCAGAUUAUACGAGUCGAGCGAGAAGAUGUUUCCGACUUUGAAAUUGUUUCAUCGGAUCAACUGUCCUGACAACCGCCCACCACAAUCAACUUGCUCGAGAGACAACUGUCUAUUCAACCAUUCCCAACCAAAACCAGAGCCAGAACCCAAACCAAAACCCAGAGAGAAUGGAACGCAGAAGCAGAAGCAGAGCGUCCCACCCACCGCAACGAGCAGCCAGCCGAAAGUAGAACCAUCUGAGCCGCUGAAGCCACAACCGCCACGGAUUGACAUCAGCAAGACGAUGACAAGCUCGCACACGUUCCCGUCGGUUCGUCAGAAGUUGUUGGAGACGUUGUACCAGGAGUAUCUGAAGCUCUACCAGGGCUUGAAGAUGUCGGACGAGCAGGCAAGCGAGGCGGCCCGGCGGGACAGUCUCCAGGAAGAGCUCGACUGUCUAAGAGCCUCCAGCCAGAAGACUUACCGCAACGCAGUGAUCUCUCGCGUCGUCAAGAUCAGAAAACGGGCCUCCGAAUCAUUAUCAGCCUUUCAAUCGCUCACCGGAACCACCACUGAGUUCGAUCAGCUCAAGCAGGCCCAACAAACCCCAAAAUCAUAGUCAAUCUUAUCCUCCACAAAUAUAUCCUGAAUUAUUCCCUUAAAUUAUCUUCAGAACAAUCUUGUCAAGAAAACUCGAUCGGACCGAAUAUGGUCUUGUGAAUGGAUAUGAUCAACAGAAUAGUGCAAGAAAGCGUCUGUACAAGAAACUUUUACUAGCCAAAGAACCUCGGAACAUCUCCUGGUGAAGCGUUCGAUCAUUUUCAAAUCGGGAGAUCGGGUCGAGAGAGAGAAAGAGAGACUCGAGUCAUCAAAAAAAACUACAACUGCAGUACAAGCGAAUCAAAGUCGAUAUAGCGCCGUUGAAAAAGUCACAAAGCAAAUAUUCGGGACACGUGACUCAUGCCAAGGUUCGGACGAGUCUAGACUCCCUCCCUCUCUCUCUCUUAAACCGAUGAACAGUAUGUAUGCAGGGAAGGGGCUUGAUCAUUAUAAGGAGUAAAAAACAAAAGAAAACGAGCCCGGUCUUGGGGCCAAUCAAAUCGUAA